AUGGAUGCAGAAUACGAUGAAACGUCAACGGAUUCGGAAGAUCGAAAGAAGUGGGGACACAAGGAUGUGGAGCACUGGAGAGCCAUGUCCAAUGUGCAUUACUAUGCGAGGUUUGCUCAUUUCUUCGUAUAUACAAAGUCGUGAAUACAGGGAAGGCUACUAUGGAACUGCAAUUCUGGUUUGUGAUGGGCGGCUGGCAACAAUUCAGGAUGCGCCGCUGUCAGUUCUAAAGGGGGUCUGUCUGACUCUUCUGGGCAAAAUCCCGGAAUCGAUCCGCCAACUUGAAGCGUUCUCCUCCGACAAUGAAGUUGCUCUCGGAGCCCUGCAUGCUCUUAAAUGGGCGCACAUGUCGGCCUUCAAUCCAGGUGGCGGUAACAUAAAACGAAAGAUUGACAGUUGUUUUCAGACAAUAAGUCCGUUGUGGAGAUUGAAACGGAAAUAUCUAAGCGUGCCCGCGACGAAAAGACCCCCUACACCUCAUUCGCUUCCGCCGCCGAGGUAACGAUGAUCAUGACUGAUUCUUUGCGAGGGUGCAGUGACGUGAAGAAAAAAAAGAAAAAAAGCCUUAUUCCGCGCGUUUCUGAUGCGUGCCGUCGGACGAAUACUGAUUAAUUUCACUUGAUUUUUUGGAAAUCAGCUCAUUGUGAUGUAAACUAAAAAAGAGAUACAAAAAGCACGCACGAGAAGUCAUUUUUUGGAAAAAGCUAUUUUUCCAGUGGCCUAUAAACAUUUCUGCGAGUUUCUUGUUGCUCUGUUAGUUUUUAUCAUAAUGAACGCAUUCACUAUGACAAUCAGUAUUUCUCCGGCGGCACGCAUCUAAAGUUCCUAAAAAAAUAGCUCGGCGCCCAGGUCUAAAUAACUGGCGUGGCCUAUGCGCCUAGUAUUUCUUGUUCAGCCGACGGAUUCGGCGGAAUCCGUGGCCUAGUAUCCCAGCUCGCGACCCCGGGCCAAAUGAACUAUUAUUUUCCUCGUCGCCCUCGGAAGGAAUCACCGUGCUCCCGUCAUGACGAGCGCGCAUGAUUGCAGGUGCUUUAUUUCGCGGGAGAGUAUCAGAGAGCCAAACAGAUGUUGGAUUUGGCGAGGAAAAGAGCAACGGAGAAGCACGCGAAACACUACUGUCUUCUCGGAUGGAUCGAUUUGGCGCUGGGGAAAAAGCAGAAGUCAACUCAGGAACUAUUCGAGAAAGCGGGAGGACAGGAGUACCCGGAUGGGUCCGUCCAUGCCUUUUCCUCACUUCUAACUCGUUUUUCAUUUCAGAAACAUCGGAAGAUGCAAGAUAUUGGAAGGGCAUCAUUCCGCGCAAGAAAUGAAAGUGGCCGCCAACGAACUGGCCAUCUCGACCAUUCACUUCCUGCCCGGACACAUCGAGAAAGCGAAAGCAAUGAUAAUGUUGAAGGACUGGUACGGAGUGAUGGACUGCAUUGUGCACGCAGAUCAGCCGGAAGGCAGCAAUCCGUACAUCGAAGUGAUCCGCACCGUGCACGGAAUCUGUUUUGCCGGGGAGACUUCCGUUCUGAAGCGGACCCUCCAGUUGCUUCUCAAGAGUCUCGAUGAGAACGAGGCGAGCAAUCAUGCUCUCUACGCUCGAAUCACCAAGAUGAUUGUCUCAAUUUGCGGUAAAGAAGACAAACUUUUGAGAUAUGCCAGGUAAGAAAAUAAGCACGAGGAAAGGUAGAGCCUUGAUUAUUCACUUGCUAGAGAUUUCCUGACCCGUUCAAUGAAAAUCACUCGCAAACCCGAAUACGUAGCACUUUCCCUUCGAAUUGCGUUCGGACUCGGGGACGCGAAGGAAGUCGCGACGCUGUCCUCGGAGCUCGUCGCGUUGGAUUGCGAGGACCCGUACGCUCUGAUGUCUAGCGUCAUUUCCAUGCUCAUGAUCAGCAGAGUCUCCGAUGCCCGUGCUCAGUUUGAUAUUCUUCCCUCGGCUCAUCCGAAACUCAUGGAGUCACCCGUAAGUUUGCGAAGACAAAGAAAAUCGCAGUUAUGUUUAUUUGCAGCUUUACUACCUUGUUGCGUGUGUUUUGGCAAAGCAAAGCAAUGACAAAUCAUUUGAAAACUUCCGCCAACACGUUGAGAAUUUGAUUGAAAUGCUGAGGAACCAACUGCAGUCGCACCCGUUUGGCAUCGAGUAUCUCAGCCUUUUCAGUACGGAUCUUCUCUAUUCGGCAGUUGAGCAGUGCAUGGAUUUCUAUCCUCUUGUCCCUGUGAAAGCGCCCGAUGAGUGCUUGAAGCUGACUGCAAAAACCCUCCAAAUGAUAAUUGACGUGGCGCCGGGAUUGGCGCAUUGUGCCUUGCAGUUGGCGAGGAACAAUUACUUGGGAUCGAACACGAACGGAGCGGAGAAGUGGAUCGACAAUGCUCUGGAGAAAAAUGACUCUCUCGCGGAUGCGCAUAUUCUCAGGGCUCAGCUGAUAAUGGACAGAGGCGGACAGCUCCAAGAUGCGGACGACGCACUCGUCACCGGCCUCAAUUUCAACUUCAAACUCCGAGAGACUUCUCUUUAUCAUCUGAUCAAAUCAAAAACGUAUAAGAAAAGGAACGAGAAUGACGAAGCGAUCAAGACUUUGAAAAUGGCGCUGCAGAUACCAAAAAAGGAUGUUUCGAACAAUUUGUUCUUGCCAAAGGAAUCAGCGGACACGCACAAGAUAUCAGUGCAGUUGGAGUUGAUCGAAACACUUCAGCAAACGAAGAGAAUCGUUAGUUUCAAUAUGAAUUCACGUAUCCUUUUAUUGCCUUCAGCAAGAAGCCGAGAACACAAUGGCAGACGCAUUGGCAGAAUGGGCGGGAACUCCGGAGCAAGACCAGCUCGUGAUCGCCCAGGCACAGUUGUAUUUGAGCAAAGGACACGUGGAAAGAGCCCUCGGAACACUGCGAAACGUUCAGCCGGGACAGUCGAACUUCCACUUGUCACGAAUAAAAAUGGCUGAGAUCUACCUGGACGAAAAGAAGGAUAAGCGGAUGUUUGCAGCUUGUUACAGGUACAAAAUGGAUUGGGAGGACUUCGAUGAGUUGUUUCUUUCAGAGAACUUUUGAAAGUGGAAGCGACGCCCAACUCGUAUUCCCUUCUUGGAGAUGCGUUUAUGAAAGUGCAAGAGCCCGAAGACGCCAUAAACUUCUACGAACAGGCACUGAAAAUGCAGUCGAAGGACAUUCAAUUGGCAGAAAAGAUUGGGGAGGCGUACGUGAUGGCGCAUUUGUACUCGAAAGCCGUCAAUUUCUACGAGUCCUCGAUGAACAUUUACAAGGACAAAAAAAUGCGUUUGAAAUUGGCAAAUCUUCUUUUGAAACUGAAAAACUAUGAGAAAUGCGAGAAAAUCCUGCGAGCACCACUGGACAAAGAGCCGGAACCGAUAGACGCGGAGACAAUUCGUUCGCACAUUCAGCUGCUCUUUUCGCUCGCAGAGUGCCACGAAAUGAUGAACAAGAUUCCGGAAGCGAUGAAAGACUUUGAGAGGUGAGUUCGAAUGUGAAAGAUUCAUUUAAUGGCUGGAAUUCAGGGCCAAAGCUCUUCACGGUCGAAUAAUGGAAAAAUCGAGCAGUAUUUUAGUGAAGAAGGAGGCCGCCCGGAUCCGUUGCCUCCAGGCGGAAGUCUUGUACCGCAGAAGAGAUCUUGCAGAGGCCACUGUCGUUUGCAAAAACGCAAUUGAGUAUUACGAAACUGACCUGAAUUCAAAUAUUUUGCUGAGCAGAAUAUUAAGAGACGAAAAUCGAUGGCACAAUAUUACCCAACCGUGCCUUGUUGUUCUUCAAAUAGAUCCGCAAAACGAUGAAGUGAAUGCGGUGAGAUUGAAAGAGUAUCAUCAUUCUUAUUAAUAAAUGUAACCACGGGUUCGUCUGUUUACAUCUCCGAAUGUCCGAACACUUUUUUUUUCAUUUUUAACAAAAUAGUAGUUACGGGAAAAAGAAGAAAUUAACAUGUGAACUUUCGAACGGGUCUAAGAAACAAACAAGCGGCGGAGUCGCUUCCUAGCGUUAGCUCGCCCGCGCAGCCGACCCCGGUCUUAAAAGCCUUGCCUAAUCAUAUUCUUUCAGAUCAUGGCCGACUAUUAUUACAUGAAAAGUGAAUCAACCAAAGCGAUCCUGAGUUAUUUACACCUUCUGAAUGUGAAUGCUCGUGAGUUCCGCACUUUUUAGUUCUGAGGCUUCACCGAAUCAAAAUAAAUUAGCACUGCAGAUGGUUCUGAUGCAGCGUAGCCUCUUUUAUUUUAAAUAAACACUUCGUUUUUCAGUCAAUUGGCACGCAUUAUCCCGAGUUAUCGAGUUGUUCUGCCGCUCUGGAGAAACUGAAACCGCCGAGAAACAUCUGAGGUAUCCCUCAUUUGCAUCGAUCAUUUUUAUUAUUAUAACCUUCGAUUUCAGUCUGGCUUUUCAACAAUUGAAUCAAAAACAAAAGGCGCCGGCUGGAUUCUAUUAUUGUCGAGGACUGUAUGAAUGGUUUACCGGAGAUCAAAACGAGGCGCUUCGGCUGUUUUCGCGUGCAAACGGAGACAUUAACUGGCUGGAGAAAGCCACCUACAACAUUAUUGAGAUCUGUUUGAAUCCUGAUAAUGAGGUCAUUAUAGACGAAAACACUCUGGACAAUCCGGAGAGCUCGUAAGUCUCCUACACUUUACGACUAUUACGAAGAAUGUCAUUUUUCAGAUUUGCGGAGCAAGCGAACGAUGAGAAAGGAUUCGCGCAGUCGUUUCUGAACAAACUGACUCGGAGAGACGAGAGAUAUGAGUUGGCGGAAGCGUUCAUUCAAUUGCACACGACCAACAAAGACGACAUCCAGAAGGCAUUGGACACGUUCUCGAAGAUGGCGUACGAUGCCGAUCAGAAAAUAAGAAGCGUUGCAGCUGUUUAUGGGAUGGCGAAAGCCUACAUGCUUCUAAAACAGAGACCGAAGGCGAAGGCUCUCCUGAAGAUCGUGACAACAAAGUUGUGGACAAUCGACGAAGCGUCCUACUUGGAAAAGUGCUGGCUCAUGAUGGCGCAGAUUUACAUCGAUCAGAACAAAACGGAAAAUGCGCAGACCUUCUUGGAUAUUGCUCUGAAGCACAACGUGAACAGUUUGAAAGCGUACGACUUGUACGGAACUAUGAAAGAAAAAGAGCAGAAGUACGUGGAAGCCUACAAGCAAUACGAGAAGGCGUUCCUGGCGACACGGGAGAAGAGCCCGUUGUUCGGUGAGAACAGCUACCAACCACGGAGCACUUACGAACGUUUUUUCAGGUUACAAGCUCGCAUUCUGUUAUCUCAAAUCCAAAAAGCUGUUCAUGUGCAUUGAAACAUGUCAGAAAGUGCUCGACGAGAAUCCACAUUACCCGAAGAUCAAGAAGGAGAUCAUGGACAAGGCGAGGAGCCUCAUCAGAACUUGA